AUGUCAUUUUCUAUCUCUGACGUCCAGCAAUGGGCUCAGGAGGCGUUCAGAACACUAGAGAAAGCCCGUGAGCUCUCUUCCUCGGCACAAGCGGUUCUCGAGUCCACAGCUCACAUCCUUAGAGAUCAAUUACCGAAGAGAGUUCAAGUUGCAUCCGAAAACCUGGGCCUCAUAAUGGAUCAACAUGCCAACAUAUCCGCCUUGAUGGAACACAUACGCGUUCAGGUGAAUGAUGGAAUAAUUGGGUCGCAUAAAUCUGCUGCCGAAACUCAGCUAAAGCCAGUGAUGGAGAGACUCGACCAGGUGCUCAAUCAAUUGCGUACAACUCCUGUUCCCGAGGCACUCUUAAGUGACGAGGUUGACGAUAAAGCCAGCUAUAAAAACUUGGGUGAUUUCAUUGCCGACGAGGAGAUUAAUCUACUCAAGGAGAACAUCCAAAUCUACUUAGCCAAUUCUGCAAAGACAUGUGAUCUACUAGCUCAGCAACUUGAGGUCCUACUAAAGGAGUAUCACCGAAACUCAAAGAAGUACUUGAGCUUACACAAAAUGUACAAGUCCUCGGUCGCUGAAACGGCGACGCUUCUUCGUUUUGCAGCCAUGACCCAAUCCCCUCCGAAGGAACAAAGCAACAUAGUUCGGGCCAUUUUAAGAGAAAAUGGCUCGCUAGAGCAGGAGCUUGUAUCAUUAUUGGAAAUGCUCACCAAUCACUAUGACCAGUGCUCGAUUGCGGUAGACCUUUUGAAGUCUAAUGGAGAGAGUAGUGGAGUUAAUUAUGAGGUUCUUCAAGCGGAUACCGCCGAGCUUCCGCACGUACUUCGAGAGUUUGCUGCAAUCCACGACAUCAUUAUGAAUAACGAGACUAGGGCCGCAAAGUUCGUGGAGCUGAAGCUUCCAAUGAUAGAGAGCUUUGUAGAGCAAUCUACGGCCCACACAGAAACGAACACCGCGUUUAAGAACGAGAAGAUAACAAAGUUCGUUUUACUCAUACUCAGGGUGGAAGAAGUGCUCAGGCUGUGCCUGAUUGAAACCGCUGAGCCACCUACGAAGCUGGCCAUAGGGCUUUAUACGGAUGUGGUAAACCAGCUUCUCCACCACUAUACGCAAUUCCUUGCGAUUUUCAAGCAGCAUUACAUCACAGAGCUUCAUUAUGAGCAAUACGUCUAUCCAAGGAAGUAUGUUAGAAUGCUUGAUGACUUUUUGCAUGGUCCACUUUUAGAGCUUGAAGAGGAUGAACGAGCAAGGCGAGCUCAAUGGUUAUCUCGCUACGGUGACUUUAUCCCCAAAGAGCUCAUACUUCCUGGGUUUCAGAGCCAACCGUGCGUGGUACAGGUGACCACAGAAGGUUUGGAGAUGCUCCAGGCUGGUACUGCUGAGGAGGAUGAGGCGAGACUUCUUCUGCUUCUCAAGAGGCACCAAAGCCGAGGAGGCUCAUCUCAACAGAGUUCCAACAAUGCCUCCUCAAAUGGGCCUUCAAUGUCCAUGGCUGUUCGAGAUGAGUACUCAGAUCUAGAGGACUCCGAAGAUGAGCCAAUGCUGGAAACACCGGCGGUUCCGGAACCACCCCAACCAUCAGGCUCUCAUGUUAGCCAGUAUGGUAUUGGUGCUAAGCUUCUCAUGAAAAUGGGAUACAAGCAGGGCCAGGGAUUGGGUGCAAACCAGGAGGGAAUAGUAAACCCCAUAGAGACGAAGCUACGACCUAAGGGAUUGGGUGUUGGCGGAGUACACGAGAAGACGAGCAAUGAAGCAACUAAAACGAUUAAAGAAGUUUCUGUCAAGGUGGAUGAUAAAGAUCUGGAGUUAGAAGGUCUACGGCGCAGAUAUUCAAGCAUAGUGCAGAGAUUGAAGACUAGAGGGGUCAAAUUGCAUUAUCAGUUUGAGGAGAUUCUUCGCUUAGAUUUAACAGAUGAAGGCGGUUCUCAGGAAGAAAACGCCACCAGGCUACGAAGCGGCUGGGAUGACCUUGUUAAGCUAGAGUCUGAUAUUACCGCACUUGAUACAAAUAUGAGGUUGGAGUCUGAGGAGGCUAAAGCAUUUGAAAUAGAGACUGCCGAAGGACUAUCUCUUAUAGAGAGCCUGCAAGAUCUACAGUCAAUUCUCGAAGACUAUAAUCAACAGCAGACCAAAGAGGCCGCUACACAGUGUGUCGAAAAGAUCACCAGGAUGAGAAACCGGCCAGAAAUUGUACUGGCACAUCUUCUAAUUGUCAUUCUUUCGGAACAUAUACCAUCGAAGUUGGAUCCUCGUGACGAGGAUCUCGCGUUGUGGUGUUCGUUGGUUCGGGAAUUAGAGGUUCACCUGUCUAUGCACCUAGGUGAGUGGGAUUCGCUUCUUCUAUCCAAGCUCAAAACAGAUAUCGAGCCUCUUCUCGAAGAAGCACAAUUUGACGCUGUUCAAGAUCUAGUUGUCUCGUGGAAUGACCUGCCUGCCAUCUCUGACAGCACCCUAUUCAAGAGAACAUUGUUCGACCAGGUGCUCCAGCCAAUUAUCGAGCGAGAACUUGACAAUUGGAACAUAGUGGAAAGUGAGGAUUCCAAAUUGCACGUACUUAAUCUUGCUAUUUCUGUCGGUCUUGAUACCGACAUUCUUUCCACAACCUUUCAGCCGCUUGAAGCUAGAUUCACAAGUCUAGUUCAACCAAAUAGUGAGCUUUGGAAUCUGGUGCUCACUGCGAAGGAUAUCAAAGCACUCUAUCAAUCAAGCUUGAAGAAUAUCCUUGUGCAUCACAACGCGUGGGCCGAAAACAAGGUUUCCAAGUUCAUUGACGAUAUUGGCAGGGAGGAAACUAAGGCUUCCCAAAACACAUUGAAGGUUGUCCGUUGGAUGGGAGGUCUUACGAUCAUUACGGUAUGCUGCUCGCUUUUUUGGGCCAGCUCUAUGUCUGCUCCUGUCAGGGAGAAAGAGAUUGAUCUUGGCGAUUUGUCCAAGGAUGUCCGUAAGGAAAAGGAUUGA